AUGUCAGAACCUCCAGACCAGACGCCCCAGUGCAAGGAAUAUCUGAGGAAAAACAGACAUAGAGGCAAGUUCACAAGUGGCACUGAACAAAUCGCGAUCCCGCCGCCGCUAGCCAACCCGAAUGCGGCAAUUACCGAAGGGCCACAGUGGGUGGCAGAACCGCGGUAUGAGGGCACGUACCCGGCAGACGCGAGUGACUCAAAUGCUACCCCACCACAGCCCAUACCUAACGACGCGGAUACCAGUGAAGAGCCACCCAUCCUCGCCAGGGAGAACAACCUAUCCGUGGAUGCGGCGAAGGAGGAGACAGAGCCGGCGUAUACGGUAGCACUGCCGUCGUGGACAUCACCCGAGGAGGUCGAAGCGUUCAACGAGAAGUUCAAGAAGGACCCUGUGGGUAUCUAUCUUGCGGUGCGAGCAGGAGGGGUUGAAGCCCUCACCACUAUCUCCUCUGAGUUCUUCUCCGGCGCGCUCUGGCAUUGCGUCUAUCAAAACCAACCGGAGCAUCUUCCAACCUUCGUCAAGGAUGCCAUCCUCAUUUUGGACGAGCGCCGAGGCAAGGUACGAGGGCGCAAGAUCUUAGAAAUCCUCUUCAGCACCCUGAAGUUCAAGCGGAUGCUCAGCAAGGCGGACAUUCUCGCCCUCCUGCAAUGCUUGAAGAGGCACGAUCAACUGCACUUCCUCAGCACGUUCACUCGUACAACGUUGAUACGGGCCCUGAUGCAGUACCCGCCGGACAAGCUGGACAAGGAGCUCCUGGACCUGCUCGUUCCCAUUCUGCUGGACAAGCUGCCUGCCCUCGGCGAUCGCAAGCUCAUUUCGCAGCGCUGGGCAAAGGCGGAUACACUUGAGUCUACCGCUAGCGGUAUCGCGGUUCCCCGGAUUCUUUGGCCGCUCUACAGGGUCGCCGUGCGCCUUGCUUUGCUAGGGGACAUGAAGGCAACCGACCUUGUGGCGGCGCUGGUCGACCGACAACUCAUCGACUCCCAGGCGAUACAAGACACAGAUUUGACGUCGACGGACCUCGUUUACGUCGUGCUCUCUGUCCUGCUUCGUUCGUGCUUGAAAUAUGGGUGGUUCACUCGCGCGACGACGCUUCUCAUGGCCGUGGUAUCUACUGCGAAAAGUAUCUCACCCCCGCUCGCCUUGUUGGUUGAAGACUGGUUGGACCGGGCGCUCAAGCACCCUAGAGCAGAGGACCUACAGAACGCGACCUCGAUGAUUGACAUGCUCCUCAAGCGCGCGGAUGGAUACGUCCUCCCAACCGAUAUCCUGCAUCGGUUCUACAACGCGACGUUCGAUUGUGACAUGCCCGAGCUCGCUGAGACUGUCUACCGCCUGUCACGCAACGCUCAAGACGCUUCAUAUCCCCCGCCGCGCGACGCUGCCCUCGUGCGCUUGAUGGUUUUCCUCGGCACGAAGAGUCGCAACGGUCAGCUCGGGCGCCUGCUCGUACACCAAGUUGUCGACGAGAACAUUCCCCUGGCCCGUCACGUUCGCGCAUCCUUCAUCGCGCAAAGCGCCCUCUUUGGACUGGCCUCGCCAGCUCGCGCGCUUUGGGAGCGCUAUUCGACCGGGCCUGACGCACUGUAUGUCGUAGGCAACGCGUCUACCAUGCUUCGGAUGGUCAGCCUCUUCUCGCAUGUCGCAGACCAGACAAAGGCGGCGGUGCAGCGGAGACGUCCUGUGGCCUCGGACGCACACCGGGAAAACCUAGACGGCAGCGCGUCCUCGGACGAUCAGGAGGCCGUCCCCCCGCCGACCUCAUCGCGGACGCUAUCCCAGGGACUGGAUCUCCCCGCAUCUGAUGCUCCACCUUCCUCAGAGGCUACGACCCCACCCCCGCACCCGCAGUCCGACUCUGGGGAGCCGCCGUCCUCUGACGGUUCUGACGCUUCGGCGGGGGCGAAAGACGGGACGCACGACCGCGCUUUCAAGGGCUUCGACACGCUGUCGUACCCGGAGCUGCUCGCGCGCGAAGCCGACCUCCGAGCAUUCGCCGCGCGUGUCUACGACGCCUUUCGCGAGACAAAGCUGCCGCUCGAGAGCGCGUCGCACUAUGAUCUCACGAGCCUCGCGCGCGGCGCGUCGAUCCUCCAGCGCGACAGCGAGGCGUUGGACAUUUUCGUGCUUCUGAAGGAGCGUGGGAUGAAGUUGGACAUGCACGACGUCAACCUUGCGCUGGGCAUGGUCGCGCGCGCAGACCCCGCCGCGGGCGCGCGGUACAUCCAGAAGAUGAGCGCGUCUGACAUGAAGCCUGACGCGGUGUCGUUUGGAACUGUCAUUCACUGGGCGGCACACAAAGGCAACCCGGCGUUGGUCCGCUCACUCAUCCAGCAGUCGAGGGACGCUGGUAUCGAGGAUCUCACCUUCAAGACGCUAGCCUCGCUCCUGCACGCGGCCGUCUCUGGGCGCGCGUCCGAGGACACCUCACCAGAGGCCCGGUUGAAGUAUGCGGAGGUCAUCGUCGACAUGAUGCUGAAGCGGGGAGUUCCGCCGUCUCCGAGUGUCGGCUGGGAUUGUAUCAUCGCCGCUCUCACCGCUCACAAACCUAUGAAGGCGUUCACGUUCUGGCGGCUGUACGUCAAGGGCAAGGUCGACGCGCGCGACAACACGCAGGAGCGCAUCCGCGACUCCAUCGCUGGCCAGCUUCGGCGGCACGCGCAGGAGGGCUGGGUGAAGCCUGAAGUGGCGACGGUAAUGCUAUACGAGCUGGGCUUCGCGAACGAGGCGUUCCGCCUGGUGCGGCACCGAAGGACCCGACCGAGUGCGGCGGAGCUCGAGGCGGCGGAUGCGGGGGACGCGCGCAAAGGCUAAAGGGCCCGAGGCGGGUGAUCCUCGUGGACGUUCCGAUAGAAGCCGGGUGCAGCGCGCAUCGUCACGGGGCGACGGCCUGCUGGAGCGCACCUCGUAGGGGGCGCACGGCGAAGACGCUGCGGGUCAUGCGGGGACGACCAUCGCCCGCUGCGCGUGGCAGGACGCCUCGGUUCUGGGGCUUGGCCGUCCCGGACGCGCAGAAGGAUUCGGGGCUGAUGGUCGUCGUUCACGUGGGCGAGGAAGCGUCUUCUGACAGGAGAGGCCGCGAUGGGUAUGACGAGGGCAUGCAUUGUAAGGCGGCGAGGCACGAUGCGGCGCGGAGGACGGUGGACGGUGGACGGCGAACGAGUGCGGGGAGGAGCAGAGGCGAUUGGCUGUUACUACGGUAUACACAACGCGACGGGGGUGUCGUAAUAGAGUACUAAUCUAAGGCAAGGGGACAUUUG